AUGGAGACGAAAUACGGUCUCGCAGUAUUAGGGGCACUAUUUGCCUCUCUUCAUGUCACCUUAGCUUUGGGAUCUGUUGCCGUUAUCAGCGAAUGCGAUUUCCCCAUCUACUUCGCGGCUGUCGGAGGGAGCUCUAACCCACAGAUGGAAGAGCUCCAGGGGUAUUAUACCCAGCCCUACAGUGAAGAGGGGGUUGGCAUCUCUGUCAAGCUCUCUCCGGAUAACACUACGUCUGGACCAAUCUCACAGUUCGAGUAUACUUGGGCCAACGGCAAGAUCUCGUAUGACCUAUCCAACAUCAACGGCUACCCCUUCUCCAGUGGCGGGAUGCAGAUCGUUCCUUCAAUGCAAAACGAUCCGGCCAAUCCUACCUGUGUUAUCGUGGAUUGUCCGGAAGGUCAGUCCGUUUGCACCGCCGCCUAUAAUGCACCUGAUGACAUUCGCACGAUGGUCUGUGACCAGGAGUCCAACCUCGUGGCGUCAUCAGCAGUUGCACAAUCUCCACCUGGUGCGACGUUCACGAUCGCCGGUCAGAUAGAUGGCCUGGCUAAGGGCAUGAAGCGGUACGAAAGAUUCUAA